AUGAGUGACUUGGACUUGAGUCUAUUCAGCUAUUUCCGGUUUGUAAGUGGAAUGGAAUUUGCGCUCUUCUUCGAUGAUCCGACAUGGGAGCGUAGAGCGCUUCAAAUAGCUCACAGUGAACCAACUAUCCUUCACGCUGUUCUGGCUAUCAGCGCCUUGAGCCGACAUCAAAACUCCGGGGGCAAAUUCUGGAACGAUUCAAGCCAACCUUGCUCCGUCCUGGAAUACUCCACGAAACAGUAUAAUCUGGCAAUACAGUGUCUCACUUCCCGAUUGGGUAAACCAGCCGAGCAUACCAAUAUAUUGAUUAUAGGAAGUCUCCUGUUCAUUCAUAUCGAGUUCAUGCGAGGAUCGCAAGAGUCGGUGUUUCUCCACCUCCACGGUGCUUCGGCGCUCCUAAAAAGCCUUAAAGAGUACUCCUAUGAGACGGAGUACCUCGAGGCCGCCUUAGCAUACAUUGAGGCACAGCUCCACGGACUUUUAAGUUAUGAAGCAACCAAAACGUGCCAAAGUAUGAUUCGCCAGCCAGACCCGGCUUCAUUCAUAUAUCCUGCGUCGGUUGCUAAAGCUCUUGAUCAGCAGGAUCAUUUCACUGUUAUUGAUGUACCGGAUAUCUUUCGCAGAGAAACAUAUAGUCUGACCACCGACCGUGACAUUGAGCUUGUACUCAGAUGCAUCCUUGCGAUCAUUCCGAGUCACGUUGAUCCCGCAACUGAAGAGAUCCUGAAGUUGGCCAAGAAAGUUGACUCCGAUGUGAAUAGGACGGUCGUGGGCCCAACGACAUCCACAAGUCCCUCGAACAAGGCUUCAACGAUGAACGGUAAUUCUUUGCAAGCGAACCAUGAUUUCGAUUCCUGCGCGACAGCCUUGGCUUAUCACGAAGCAGCCCGCAUGCCCAGAGAGCAUACUUGGACAAUGCUUGCAAAAGAUUUGAAGACUUCUGCCGCGGUGCUCCCAAUGCAGACUACACCAGAGAGGCCUAAUUCUUCAGCAAACAGAAUUGUUAUGACCGAGCAUGGCCACGCGUACGACUUUACCAGUGGCGGUGAGGUUCCCAAUGAUUUUGGUGGUGAAAAUGGAUUGCCAUCAAGUGGUGCACGUAGCAAGCCAACUAUAGAGUCUCAGAAGUCGUUGUCCAUGCUUCUAAACGCAUACAAGGGAUCUCCUUAUGUGGUCGAAAUCAAGGACAUCGUCGACAUCGAAUUUGAUUCACCGCCAUUCGAGGGUGAUAUUAUGAUUUACAUCAGGAUUCAAUGCAAUGAGAGUUGA